AUGUAUCAUCGAUUCACCAUUCGACGUUUCGAUGAGCUUGCGCUACAGAUGUGCCACCGACUGAAUAGUCGAUACGGCAUCGUCGGCACACCAACUGUGCUUCUUUGGGUCGAUGGUACCGCUGUUUCUCGAAUGGAUGAAGCGCCUUUCUCUUAUAAAGCAUUCCAGAACUAUGUGGAAAAGUGGACAGAUCUUGAAACCGAAUAUAUGCCAAACGAAACAGUUGAAACUAGCAUGCCUGAUAUUAUAAGUACAUUUUUAGAGGUUUUUUAUUUUUAUAAAGUACCAUCAGCGCGAAACACUACUGUGCCUCGAUUUUUCCAGUUGAGGGAUUUGUUGGUUUAG